AUGGCAGAUCUCAUCCACAAAGGCUUGGUGGAAGCUGCCUUUAGAGCCCUUGCAGAAAAUUACCAUUGGCCAAAGUUUCAGAAGGAAGAUGUGGGCGAUGGGUUCGAGGAGGCUAGCGACUUCUUCAGAAUCAUGAUUUGGGAUCCCACGAAUGAGCCAGAGCGUCAGACAAGCUAUGUUAUGCGCUUCGACGAUAAGAUCCGCUUUCACAACCAGUUCGGCCGAGAAGUACUGGCGAAGCUUUUGCGACUUGACUCCAGGCUUGACUGGCGUGACUGCGGACAGACGCAAGCCCAAGAAGAAGAGGAUGUUGAGAAGUUCAAGACGACAUUCAAGCCGUUCGAUUUCGCGGGGUGA